AUGUCGAAUCCAAAAACAAUAAUAAUGAACCUUCAACAGUAUGGUAAUGAUAUCCCUGACUUAGGAUUUGAUUUCUUUAACUUUUGUUUAACUUUAUUGGAGGAUGCAAAAGUAGGAAUUCCAAUUUGGGAAUUUUUAUUACAAAAUUCGAAAAACAACUUAAGCAAUAUAUCCUCGCUGAACUUGUUAGAAGUAUUUAUGGAUAAACUUCCUGAAUCUUUGUGUUGCAUCGAUUUAUUACUUUCGAUUGACGAAAACGAGCUGCGCGCAUUCACAGAAAAGAAAAUGUUCGACUAUAUAGUAUGCAAUUAUGCGAAUAUCAAUCCAUUUGUAGUUUCUAGCUUAUUUUGUAAAGUUUCGAGACAAAUCUUUGAAACGGAUUUGGAAGAUGAAAAACUAAGGAACUUUUUGAAUUUUUUGGCUGAUACGAAUCUCCCAGAAGUGAAUUAUACCCUGCUGAAAGGAAUUAAAAAUUUGGCAAAAAUUUCUCACUACAAUGGUCUAUUUUUGUCUCAUAUCAUCAUAGGUCAUUUCUCAUUAUAUUGUGAAGAUUCCAAAAUACUGAAAAUUGCUUUAAGUUCUUUAUCUGAUUCUCUUUCUGUUGAUACACAGGAAAUUCCCAACUUUUCUGAGUUCUGGAUCCUUGCUUUAGACAUUUUGCAUUCUGAUGAUGAAGAAAUGAUAUCCUCAAUUUGCAAUUUUUUUGAAUCUUCAAUAAUUGAAUUUUCAAAGACAAUUUAUCCUAAUCAGGACAUAGUCAAUAGAUUUUUGGAGUUAUCAAACUCAGGAAACUUCCAAAUUAAGAGGAGAUCUUUGAUGAUUUUAGUAGAAUUGUGUAAAAUUGGAAAUAUCGAUGAAAUGAAGUAUAUUGUUGACAACGGAGCACUAGAAAUAUUUUUCGAGUAUAUUGAAGAAGCAAAAGAUGACGAAAGAACCGAAAUUCUGCAAACAAUUUAUAGAAUUCUUUUAGAUUACGAUUCAAUGCCAGAUGAGCUCUAUGUUGCAAUUCAUGACCAAAUGGAACAGAUUUGUGACUUUCUUGACCAAGAUAAUGAUAUAGAAACUGAAUUAUAUGAUUCUAUUAUGAAAUAUUAA